CAUUUGCAUAAUGUGCAUCAUCUGAAAAACCUGCUCCAACCAGGAUCUCGGAAUCGUCCGGAGCACACACUUCGUGUGUUGUCGUAAAUAAGCGUGUAACAAAGUAACAAAAUUUUCAGUGAAAUUUCACUCGCAAAUAUCGAACUUUUUCAACAUGGAAAACAAAGAUGACUUGCAGCCUGAUCAUAUUGAAGAAUAUUGCCGUCAACUUGGCUUACAGCUUCGCGACGAACAUGAAAGUUUGAUUAAUUUAUCUUCGGUUGAUUCUCAAAUGUCCUUGUUGGGGGACGCUGUGCCAGGCGAUAAUGCUGGAGAUUUUUUUACCGAGCAAACUUUGCGUGCCGAAACAAGUAAUACAAGCUUUGAAUGCACAAAAUGUGAGAAAAUUUUUACAAAUUCACGACAAUUUUUAAAGCACAAAUGCGUUUCCCCAACUCAAGAGAGUUUUCUUGCGAGAACAAAAGGAAAAGGAAAACAACGGGGACGGAAACCAAAAAACAAACGAAGGGUAGCGCUAAAUCCAAAUGGACGGCCUGUUGAUGAGGAGAAUCUUGUCUCUUUAAAAGAUAAAUGCUUGAACAAUAUUGAAGAUUGUAAUCAUCUUUCUGACCACACUUAUGUCAAAGAUAGUGAAAACUCUCAGUUUGAAAGGCUUGAUGAUAAUGCAUUGGAAACUGUUCUACAAUGUGAAUCAUGUCAGUUGCUUACACAAAUUGAUCCAGAAACAGGAAAUAUUCCUUGCAAGAAAUGUGAAGAACUGGCUGUUAAAGCUAGCAAAAUAAAUAUUGUUGCAGAUAAAUAUGCUUGUGAAAACUCAAAUAAGAAGCGACGACAGUACAACUUUAAAACCACGAAAAAAGAUUGCCCACAUUGCCUUAAAGGAUUUCAUUCUGACAAAAGACUUGAGAAACAUUUAUCAUUAUGCAAAAAAAACCUGGUGUGUUCAAUAUGUAACAAAGAUUUCAACAACCAUGGUCAACAUGCCUAUUCGGAGUACCAAGUUCAUUACUAUACUCAUUUUGAAACCAAACCAUUCACUUGUGAUGUGUGUUCCAAAGGUUUUAUUUACAAGAGGGAUCUUCAACGGCAUCAACUGAUACACACAGAAAACUAUAUUCCCAAGUACUGCCCUGAAUGUGGUGCUGUUUUUGCAACAGAUGAUAAACUGAUGAAACAUCAACUUAUGCACAAGAAAGUGAGCUUAUCUUGUGACAAAUGUGGAGUUAAGUUUGCAAAGCAAAGCACUUUGAAUAAACACAUGUCUACUUGUCAGAUUCGAAAAAGUUGUGAAAUUUGUGGGAAAGUAUUUAAUUGCCUUUCAAAGAAUCUAAAAAAUCGAUAUCAAGAACACAUGUAUAUCCAUAGUGGAGAGAAACCGUUUAAAUGCCAGUUUUGUGACCGUGGAUUCCGAGAUCGAAGUACAAGACGGAAACAUGAACGCACACACACAGGAGAGAAACCAUAUUCCUGCACAAUUUGCAAUCGGGCAUUCUCUCAAUUGAGACUAUUGCGUAACCAUAUUCGAACUCACACUGGAGAAAAACCAUACUCUUGCCAGCUUUGUCCUCUCAGUUUUGCCAAGUCUUGCAAUUUAAAAUAUCAUAUGCGUGUGCAUACAAAAGAAAAACCAUACACAUGUUUUGUGUGUGGGAAAUCAUUUACACAAUCUGGAACUUACCAUAAACACAUGAGAAGACAUACAAAUGAAUGUAAAACAGCAGCAACUAUGAUUGAAAUUGAUGUAGAGAAAAACAAAACAUCAGGAGAAGAUUACACACCUGAAAACAGUCAUAUAAAAAGUGGUGAAGGAAGAAAUUCAUCAAAUGUGACAUACAAUGAAGAUCUUGCUUGCAAAAGUGUUUUUGUCAAUGAAAGUAAUGAACCACAUCAUAUCAUAAAUGAUGUAAUUAACAAUGAACAUGUUUCUACACAUCAUACAUCAAGCAGUUUACCUAAUAUAUCAACAAUAGCAAAUGAACAGUUAACUCUCAUUGUCAGUGAAUGUGAUGGCUCAACUUUGACAACAAUUGAUGUUGAUAAUAUUUCUAACAUGCUUGCUUCAUGUUCGUAGGUUUUAUAAUGCAAUGUCUUUGAUACAUAAAUGUUUGUAAUUAUUUCAACUGUGUGUGUUAUUUUAUCACAGGAAUAAGAGCCCUGUUUAUAUAAUUGUAGUGUUUAUGUAAUUGCCAAUGAUAGACCUAUGAAGUUCAUUGAAAUAAAAAUAAAUAGAAAGGUCA